AUGGACCUGAGGCCAGAGUUUUACAAGCACAUGUACCUGGCGCUCACCGUCGAGCGGGCGCGGGCGCUGCUGCGCGGCGGCGCAGACCCGCUCGCCGGCGAGCCUUCUGCCCUCGAGCGGGCGCGCGUCCUCUGCUCGUGGGGCGAGUCGGAUCCGACCGCUGCGGCAGUCGGUUCCACAGUCGCGAUCCACUCUCUCGUCUCGCGGCCCUCGAUGAACGGCAAGGUCGGCGUCGUCGUCUCCGCAAACGCUUCGACGGCCCGACUCGGCGUGCGCGUGGCGGGCGAGGCCAAGGCACUCGCACUGAGGCGCGCGAUGCAAUGGUCUCUCCCCGACUCGCCGGAUCCUCUCUUUGACACACCUCUGCCCUCCCUCAGGCCGGCCAACCUGCAGCCAGCGGCCGAGGCGGUGGACGUGGGCAGGCUGAUCCUCAAGGCGGCGGAGUGGUCGCCGCAGUCGCACGAGCUCUUCCCGGAGGCGGCUCGCAAGCGGGCGGUCGAGGUGAUGCGGCUGGGCUACCUGAUCGCCUGGGACGAGGAGCGCUUCGACAGCCGCGAGGGAGCGGCUCCAGAGCUGGCGGACAUCUGGCGCGGCUUUGUGCUGCCAAGGGUGGUGGUGCGAUGA